AUGAAGAUGUCAGAUGGGAUGCGCAAGGCCGACUUCAACGACGAGAGUUUCUCGGACGUUAAGAUCGAGAUCUACACGGGUGUCGAUGACCAGUCGGACCGCCGGAGCUUCCACUGCCACAAGCUCGUGUUAAAGAAGGAUAGCGAGGUCUUUGCCACGGCGUUUAACAAGAAUAGCAGAUUUGCAGAUGCCAACUCGGCGGUGUACAAGGUUUUCGAGGAGGAUCUGGACGGCAUAGAGGCCUACCUUAAGGGUCGCUACGGCAUCGCGCCGAGUGACGCGGAGACCGCGGACUGGGAAUUCAUGCUAAAGCUUGCUUACAUCGCGAGCAAGUAUGGAAAUUCUAAGGCGGCGAGGGAAUAUUGGGACGACUUCCGCGCGGCGUUUAAGAAAGUAUGGGAUAACACGCGCCCAACGGCGCCGAAGCAGGCGGAAGAGAUGCUGAAGAAGUUGUUGCUCUGUGAAGACGUGGCAUUCGAGGAGUGGAACAGUACUACAUCGAAAGGCUUACUAGAACUCGUCGGAUUGCGCUACGUGCGCAACAAUCAUAACGGCUUAAUAAAGGACGACGACUUCUACGAGUGGAUCUCAGGCUACCCACGCUUGUGGCGCAAAUGCCUCGCAGCAUUCACGGCUGUAGCAGCGCUGCCCGAUGCUAUAAGAAUGAGCUAUGGCGGUGCAGUCGAUGAGAUCAAAUACGGACGACGGAGGCAGAACAGCUGA